AUGGCUAAGAGUUUGCGAAGCAAAGUAAAGCGUAGAUUUCGCACAGCUAAAAGGCUACUAAUUAGAGAUACGUUAGAGGCAAGAAGAAAUAGUGAGAAAUCUCAGAUACUUAAAGAAAUAGGAGAAGGUAUAUAUACUCAAAAGUAUUCUCCUUUGAAUGGAUUUUUGUAUCCUGAAUCAGAAAAUUCUUUUAUACCUCAGAAAAAUAGGGAUCCAGUAAUAGACUUUAGAUCUCAUUCAAUAAGUAUAGCAGGAUUUAUGGGUUCUGGGAAUAGAAGAAAAUUUUAUCCUGAAGAAAAUAUCCCUAAUUUAAGUAUAUUGGGUAAUAAUAUGGUAUCAACUAGCAAAGAUGUUAUAGUAGAUAACUCUUGUAAAAUGUCUGACUAA